AUAUUUGUAACGCAAGGUAGAGCCUAGAAAUGGCUUGUCACGCUCUCACUGCUUUCGUAUUUUUGUUACGUGGGCAUAAUUACUAGCUCCAAACGUGUACUUUACAAUUUUGCAUUUUCAACUCCAUUGGCAUUUGGGGUGUUUGUAACUGAAACAUGUUAUAGUGUUUUAGACAAUGAAUGGUAGCAGUAGCAGCUUAAUAUUGAAGACACUGAAGCUAAAGAAUCCCAAGCUAUUGUUACUUGAAUCCUGCUCCACCCUUUCCCACCUGAAGAUCGUACAUGGUCAUAUGAUAAGAACCCAUAUCAUCUUUGAUGUCUUUGCAGCCAGCCGUUUGAUUGCCUUUUGCAUUGACAGCACACUCAAAACAAGUAGUUUGCUAGACUAUGCCACAAGGCUUUUUUCCCAAAUUGAAAACCCCAAUCUCUUUAUCUACAAUGCAUUAAUAAGGGGUUAUUCAGCUAGUGAAAUCCCACACAAGUCCUUUCAUUUUUAUACCCAAUUGCAGCGCCUAGACCUAUUGCCUGAUAAUAUAACAUUCCCAUUUUUGGUCAAAUCAUGUACUCAAUUGGGGUCUGUAGCUAUGGGCACUCAAGCCCAUGGUCACAUCAUCAAGCAUGGUUUUCAAUUAGAUGUUUAUAUACAAAAUUCCCUUGUUCAUAUGUAUGCUACAUUUGGGGAUAUUAAGGCAGCAAGCCACAUUUUUCGCAGAAUAAAUCGUUUAGAUGUUGUCUCUUGGACUUCCAUGAUUGCAGGUUAUAACAAAUGCGGGGACGUCCAUUCUGCACGUCAAUUGUUUGAUAGAAUGCCCGAGAAAAACUUGGUUACAUGGAGCAUAAUGAUAAGUGGGUAUGCUCGGAAUAAUCAUUUUGAGAAGGCUGUUGAAUUGUUUCAAGUUUUGCAGUCAGAAGGGGUACGGGCAAAUGAGACAGUCAUGGUCAGUGUGAUAUCUUCAUGUGCUCAUCUGGGGGCUCUUGAACUUGGGGAAAGAGUUCAUGAUUAUGUUGUGAGAAAUAACAUUACUAUGAAUUUAAUCCUUGGAACUGCUCUUGUGGACUUGUAUGCAAGAUGUGGGAGUAUUGAGAAAGCUAUUCAGGUUUUUGAGGAACUACCAGAAAGGGACGCGUUGAGUUGGACAGCCCUCAUUGCUGGAUUAGCUAUGCAUGGUUUUGCCAAGAGGGCACUUGAAUACUUCUCAGAAAUGGUGAAGACAGGGCUAACCCCUAGAGACAUAACAUUCACUGCAGUGUUGUCAGCUUGCAGCCAUGGUGGAAUGGUAGAAAGAGGUUUCGAAAUAUUUGAGAACAUGAAAAGAGAUUACGGGCUUGAGCCUAGAUUGGAACACUAUGGAUGUAUGGUUGACCUUCUAGGUCGAGCAGGGAAGCUAGCAGAAGCUGAGAAGUUUGUCCAUGAAAUGCCAAUGAAGCCUAAUGCUCCAAUAUGGGGAGCAUUGCUUGGAGCUUGCCGUAUUCACAAAAAUGCGGAAAUUGGGGAAUGGGUGGGCAAGAUUUUGAUCCAGUUGCAGCCAGAACACAGCGGCUAUUAUGUGCUACUAUCAAACAUAUACGCACGAGCAAACAAGUGGGAAAAUGUUGUAACCAUGAGAAAAAUCAUGAAGGAGAAAGGAGUUAAGAAACCCCCGGGCUACAGCCUGAUUGAGAUGGAUGGGAAAAUCCAUAACUUCACCAUGGGAGACAAAACACAUCCAGAAAUAGAGAAGAUUGAAGAAAUGUGGGAUGAGAUUCUGAGGAAGAUAAGGUUGGCAGGGUACACUGGGAAUACUGCUGAUGCAUUGUUUGACAUAGAUGAAGAGGAAAAAGAAAGUGCUCUUAACAGGCAUAGUGAAAAGCUUGCCAUUGCAUUUGGAAUCAUGAAGACUAAAGCUCAGUCACCAAUUCGGAUAGUCAAAAACUUAAGGGUAUGUGAGGACUGCCACACAGCUACAAAGCUGAUCUCAAAGGUAUUUGAGAGAGAGUUAAUUGUGAGAGACCGAAACAGGUUCCAUCAUUUUAAAGGAGGUGCCUGUUCUUGUACCGAUUUCUGGUAGAAGCCUGCAGUUGACAAUCCCUUGUUUUAAAACAAACCUACAAGCUGUACUGCUGUUCUUAGCAAAUAGGAGAGAAUUCGAGCUUAAUUAUUGAAACUAACAAAUUUGACCUGAAUCACCCAAUCUUCAAAGAAAACCUUGUAAGUGAUCAUAAAGCUAAGCCCAAGUUUGUUGAAGCACACGAUACAACUCAAUCUCCAGCAGAGCACUGCAACUGAACUAGUUUUGUAAUCAGUUAGCAGCAGUGAAGUUAGUUUAUUAGUUGUUAGCCAUUUGUAACCAAGUCAACUGUUUUACAGUUAGAUUCGGAGAAGCUGGUGCUCAUUAUACAUUCAAUCACACGGUGGAUUCACUUGGAUUGUAUAGGAUCUGUACUAGUAUAAAUAAAGAUGUAAGGUAUCAGAAGUGAGUGUUAUGAAAUACAACUUUCAUUUCCUCUCUUCAUUUUGUUUUC